AUGGGGUUGUGCCUUCGCCGUGGGGAUCUUCUACGACGGCUGAGGGCCGUCUCCUGGCUGUCCUCUCCCCGUGUUCUCUCCUCUUACUCCGCGAAAGCUUCUCCAUUUUCUUCUUCUUUUGCUUCUUUUCUGAUCGUUCCGCACCUUCACAAUGCGAGCCGCUCGAGGACUCCCCUACCAACAUUUGGCUCAAGGCUGUCAUUAUCUUCGUCCUCCUCCCCGCAGUCCUCGGAUGAGACGGAGGGGCCUGCCACCCUGGACCACCGGUACUUUCUCUGCUAUGUGGGCGGUGCCGUUACGGAGAUGGUGGAAAGCUUUGCUCGGAGUGAUAUUUUGGAUUUCUUGGCUCCGUGCAGGUCACUUCUGGAAGAGGACGAGUUCCACCGCUUGGCGGACGGAACAAUCCACGACUUACAAGAGAAAUUGGAGGUGAUAGUGGAGUUUUUUGGACAUCUUUAUUCUGUCUUUCUCUUUUGGCGUCCUUAUUAUGAUAUUAGAUUGUAAUUCACAUCUAUAUACUAUCCUGAUUUAUGGGAGUAAUUUCAGGAAUAUGGUGAUGAGGUUCAAGUCGAGGGAUUCGAUAUAGAUUAUGGGGUCAGAAAUUAAUUCCAUUUUCGGGUUUCAUUUUUUUUUUUUCCCCUUAGAUUCACUUCUCUCACAAAAAAUAGGAACUAAUCUUAUCUUGGUUGCUCAUAUUUUUCUGGCUCUGUAUUUCACAGAAUCAAGUCCUUACCUUGAAGCUUGGUUCUCUGGGCACAUAUGUGAUAAAUAAACAGACGCCCAACAGACAAAUCUGGCUAUCUUCACCAGUGAGGUAUCCUUCUACUAAUGAAUGAUCAGUAGAAAUCAUGUCUACUGCACAACCCUGCAAACGGCGCUUACUUCAUGUGCUCCAGUGGUGUUGGUCUCUGCUUAUCUCGUCCUCCUUUUUCUUGAGAAUGGAGGCAUGCGAAUAGCAGUCACAUUCAUAAGGAAGAGGAGAAUUUCCAAUCGUAACUGGCACCAAGCUUCUAACGGGUAGAUUUUGUUGGAUGCGGUAGGCGCACCACCUUGAGAGUUAUUAUUUCCUUGUAGAAAUUUUGUUUGUUAAGUGGUAGAUUUGACGGUGCUAAAAUUCAUAAUCACUGGGUAAUUAGAUAGAUAGUAGAAAUGAUUCCCCCCAUGCGCUCUCUAGCCAUGUGCUCAUGAGGGAAUUCCUCAAUACUUACUCUUCACAGGGCUAAUCCUUCCUUUGGCCUCGUUUCUCGAUUGGAUUUUUUCUGCUUAGAACUUAAUCUUGAGAGUAGAGAGAAGGCCAGGUGGGUUUAUGGGGAUUUCUCACUAUAUUCUCUCCCUACUCUCUUGUUUUUAAGGUUGUGGCGGGGGGGUUGUGUCUGAAACGAGAGGGAAUGUUUUCUUCGAUCCUGCUAGUAGCCUUUUAUUAGUUUUGUGAUAACUGUCUGACAGGGGAAAUGAUCGCUGGUCAAAUUCCUGCCGUUAUUUCCCUUUCAGCAUGGACCAAUGUUGUUCCUGCUUAUGUGGCCACAAAACAGCUGGUACAUGACCGGGAACCUCUGACAAAGCCUGUGAAACCUUAGAUAGCAUUUUGUACCAGGUAGUAUCAUGCUUUCUGGUAUGCCACUCUUGAUGAUGUCUUAUCUAAUCCUCAACCCUAAAGGGGUGGAAGAAUUGGUGGCGAAAUAAUUAUAUUUGUCACUGAUAAUUUUGUAUAAGCAUCAAUUGUUUGUUUUAAUAAAAUUAUAAUUAUAUAAUUAUAGAAAACUAGAUGUUUCACUGAGUGAUUAUUUGUAUUAGAAUGAACCUGUGAUGUCUAAGGCCUUAAACGUUCAUUAUGAACCCUGAUGAAGACAACUACCCAUUUCCUUAAAGUGUAGAGGUGUUUAAUAAAGCUUUGAUUAAUUAUAGCUUCUUAUUUACUGUAUAAUAGGUCCAUUAAGGAUCACGAAUAAUAAAUUUCUACCAGAGGUGGAAUUGUGCGAGCCUUCAAUUUUCGAUCUCUGAACAGUUGUUGACUGAUCGUCUGCCCUGUCCAUAAUGUGGUGUUUAGUUUUUUCAUAUUUUGACAUCAGGUUUCACAGCUCACAGGUAGUUGAGAUGCUAAUCCCGGAUAUGCUGACAAUAAUUUAUCUUAUCCUCCAGUGGCCCAUCUAGGUUCGAUUGGGACAGGACGAGCCAAUGCUGGUUUUAUAGGCGGACAAAGGCAGAGUUAUUACAUCUCUUACAGGAUGAGCUGUUACAAUUAUGUGGUCAAUCCAUCAGCCUCUCUUGA